UUUUUCCACGUUAAAAAACUCUUCACCACUCGAUUAAUAUCCUAGGCUUUCAAGACACCUUUUGGUCUCCACGAAAAAACAGUCGCAACAAUGAGGGAAGAAGAAGACGACCCUCAUACUCUGUUAGUCCCACAGCAUCAAGAAGACGCUAAUCUGAUCGAACGUACUUGGUUAGAGUCGAAGAAGCUAUGGCAAGUAGCAGCCCCAUCCAUCUUCAGCCGCCUCGCUAUGUUCUCUGUCACCGUCGUCACCCAAUCCUUCGCCGGCCACCUCAGUGACCUCGACCUCGCCGCCAUUUCCAUCGCCACCACCGUCAUCAUUGCCGUCACAUUCGGUUUCAUGCUAGGCAUGGCCAGCGCGCUCGAGACUCUGUGUGGUCAGGCCUACGGAGCUAAACAGUACCACAUGUUGGGGACGUAUAUGCAGCGUUCUUGGGUGGUUCUGUUUCUAUGUGCAGUGUUGCUUUUACCUCUAUUUGUGUUUGCUACGCCAUUGUUGAAGCUCAUGGGACAGCCAGAGGUUGUGGCCGAGCAGACUGGUUUAGUUUGCCUCUGGUUGAUUCCGUUUCACUUGAGCUUCCCAUUUCAGCUGACACUGCAGAGAUUCUUGCAGAGUCAGCGAAAGACUGGAGUGAUUGCCUGGGUUUCUGGAGGGGUUUUGGCCCUCCAUGUGUUUGUGAGUUGGGUUUUUGUGUAUGAGUUGAGGAUUGGGAUUGUUGGGACUGCUCUUACUAUUGGUUUGGCUUGGUGGUUAUCGGUUUUGGGUUUCUUUCUGUACACUAUUUGUGGUGGUUGUAAAGAAACAUGGACUGGUUUUUCAGCUGAAGCUUUUGUUGGGCUCUGGGAUUUCUUUAAGCUUUCUUUGGCUUCUGGGUUCAUGCUCUUAUUGGAGAAUAUUUAUUUUAGAGCUUUGGUGAUAGUGUCUGGGUAUAUGCACAAUACUGAGAUUGCUGUUGAUGCCCUUUCCAUAUGCAUGAGUAUCUAUGCUUGGGAGUCUAUGAUUCCACUAGGAUUUCUGGCAGCAGUUGGAGUGCGGGUAGCAAAUGAACUUGGCGCAAGCAACGCCAAAGGUGCAAAAUUUGCAACCUCAGUUGCAGUCUUGACCUCCCUAGCAGUGGGACUUCUGUUUUCCUUAAUAUUAAUAGCUUUCCAUGAGAAGCUUGCAAUGAUCUUUACCUCCAGCAUUCCUGUUGUCACUAUGGCCAAUGAUUUAUCAGUCUUGUUGGCAUUCACCAUUCUCCUCAAUUGCAUUCAACCAGUGCUAUCAGGAGUUGCAAUCGGAUCUGGUCGGCAAGCAAUAGUAGCUAUUGUAAAUAUAGGUAGCUACUACCUGGUUGGCAUGCCUGCUGGGGUUGUUUUAGGAUGGUUGUUAAUGUUUGGUAUUAAGGGCUUGUGGGCUGGAAUGAUCAGUGGAACUGUGGUUCAAACCUUGAUACUGAUAAUUAUCACCAUGAGAUGUGAUUGGGAAAAAGAGGCAGAGAGAGCUCAUAUUCACAUAACAAAGGAUGCGGCUACACCAUUGAUCUUUUCUCAAUGAUAUUACCAUAUGCUCUUGUCUGUGUGACAUUUUCUGUUCAAAGUAUGCGUGAUUUGUUUUAAACUGAUGCAUGCCUAAAUUGAAUGAGGUGAUAAUUCCAAUAUAUCUCGAUUGAGAUACUUUAAUUCAGUUCCCAGGUACCAGUUCAUGAGGGCAGUGCUGAUUUUGUCAUAGAAAAACGAAAUCAGCUGUAGCCUUGUUAUAUCUGGUAGUCUUUUCCUAGCCGGACGCUGAUAUGGAAAAAGGGUUUACACGAUGAACAAAUGUGGUGAUAUGAUGAAUGAACUUGAUUGGUUGAAGCCUUGGAGUUGUGUGUUACCUGCUGCUAUUUGCUUCUGCUGCCUUUUGGGAGUUGGUUGCUAGAAUAGUUGAAUUUCUCUUUGCUUCCUUGUUUUGUAUGAUUGCUGUUUAGCGGGUGAUCCUGGUUGGGCCUUGUUGCCUUCCUUUCUCUUCUGGCUGCGACAUUGUUGCCUUGUUUUUCAUAUUUAAUACUUGUGCUUUUAAGGUGGA